UUUUCAUCUAUAGCAACAACCAUGAUUACAACAUGAGCAAAACAACAACAAUAAAAUCGGCAAAUAAAAUUCACAAAUAACUACCUUACAAUUUGAUAUAUAUGGCACAACUUCCUUGAAGGAAAGACUGUGAACAAAUCGUUGUAUCGAGUAAAUUUCGAUAAAUGAUCAAUGCCUGCCUCAAGAAGUAUCGCAUGACAAGUAACAAGUAAAUGCGCCGCUGUGUAUCCGAUAAAUAGAGGAAAAGUGUAAACAGCAACGGAAUCGAAAAUUUUGCAGGUGCCGCAAACGAGCUUUACAGUGAUGGCCACGGAUGUCGUUGCAACGUGGGACAUCGCGCUAUCGGAUGGCAUUCAUACCGUCUUGUUUGAACACGGCACAACGACGGGCAAGCGAGUCAUCAAAGUGGACGGAGUCGAGAUCCUACGGAAAAAUUGGAUGUUUCGGCUUGUUGGAAAGGAGGAAUUUACUAUAGGGAAGAAAAUAAAGGCGAAUGUGACCAUUGAGGCGGUGAGUGGUUUUUCGUACCAGUACACCCUCCACGUGAACGGCAAUCCUUUGAAGAAAUUCACAGAGAAUAGGAAGAAGACAGCUAAAGUCUGGAGGUUCGUGUACGGAGGUGUUGAAACUAGGAUCGUCUUAGAAAAAGAUACAAUGGAUGUCUGGUGUAAUGGAGAAGUUCUGGAAACAGCGGGCGAAUUUGUUGACGGUGGUACUGAGACACAUUUCAAGCUUCACAACCAAUACAACGCUCAUAUAGAAGCGAUAAGCUCUGGUCGAAGGAGAGGUGGUAUUAUUCACACGCUUUUUGUCGAGGACCAAGAAAUCCCCGAAGCAACGAACGAUAUUUAGAGUUAGUAGCUUGCUAAACUAAGAGAUGCAUGUCAUGCAGUCAGAAGCACAGAGUAGAUAAUUAAGUCAGAACCCCUGACCACAGAACUGUGGUCAGGAUUUUUAUGUCUCUUGAGAAAAUUGUAGUUUGUUUUUAAUCCUAUAAUUUAUGCACUUGAAGACUCUGUAAAUAAUAUGUCAACAAAGAAUUAAAGAUUGUAGCAUUGUUCUUAGAUCAACUGAA